ACUUAUGAGCUUGUUGUUGUGUAGGUAUCUACUGGUUGUGUGAUAUUAUUGAACAAACCUACUUUUAUUAAAAAUAGCUGUUUCAAUAGUUCGAUAUUCCACGUAGCUGACCUUGUGAAUAACCAUUAGACGAAGAAUACGUGAUACCUACAGCUGCUAUUAAGCCUAUGCUAUGAGAUUAAGUAUGGACUGGAGGACGGCUUUAGUGGUGCUUGGGUUGUUGUGUUACACUGACGGGUUCUCAAAAUACGGACGAUCAUGCAAGGACAUCGGAUGCCUCAACAGCGAAGUGUGCGUUCUAGCUGAAGACCAAUGCUCAUACGGACAGACUUCCAAUUGUGGAACUUACCCUACAUGCAAGAAGAAGUCGCAAGUUCAAGGUUCACACUCAGAACCAGCGCAACCGUCCGUCCCAAAACCUGCUCCUCAAACCCCCACCAGAAACUUUGAUUCGCCACCCAGCUAUCCUGCACCCGCACCCCCACAAAACACCCACGGCUCCCCUUACGGCGCAAAUUCACCAUAUGACAACUCACCUUACGGUGGCGGCAGUUCAUCGCAUGGUGGUAAUUCGCCAUAUGGCGGAAGCGCUCCUUACGGUGGUAGCUCCCCAUACGGCGGUAAUUCCCCGUAUGGCGGAUCUUCUCCUUACGGAGGUAGCGGUGGCAAUUCCCCAUACGGCGGCAGCAACCCUGGUGGUUCACCAUAUGGGGGUUCAUCUCCAUACGGUGGAAACUCCCCCUACGGAGGUUCCUCCAACAGAGGAGGAUCAAACCCCUACAGCCCAAGCUCAGGCAGCGGCGGAAAAAGUGCCCUGGACAACAUAUUCAACACUUUAAGCAACUUCGCCGGUGGCCAUGGAUCUAAUACGGGAGGCUCGAGCCCUUUCGGCUCCAGCUCAAACACCGCUGGAAAAGGACCCCUCGACAGCAUAUUAGGCACACUAAACAACUUUGGUAGCAACAGCCAUGGAGGUAGCACUCCUCAGGGCGGCGCGGGAUUGUCUAACAUCUUUGGAAACAUACUCGGGAAUCAGCCUACAAACCAACAGCCAUCCCAGAAUAGAAAUGUAAGGCCAAAUUACGCCCAGCACAAUCUAGCCACUACGAGGAAGCCGGCUUACUAUGGAUGGAAUGUUAGCGUCACAGUGAUUUUAUCGUACCUGACUCACCUAUACAUCAAGAACGUGAUAAAUGCAUAACGAGAUUACAUAUUUACAUAUAAUAUAUAUUAAUUAAUAAGAUGCUAUAACGUUAAUGUUGUUUGUUACUCGGGAUAUUCAUUUAAAAUAAAUAUAUGUAUUUUAUAGUU